AUGCUGCAGCAGAUCCUGCACGACAUGUCCAUCGACCCUGAGCUCCUGGCCGAGCUCAGUGAUGUGCAGAAGCACAUCCUCUUCUACAAGAUGCGAGAGGAGCAGCUGAGGCGCUGGAGGGAUCGGGAAGCUUGGGAGGCGCUGGCCCAGGUGGAGGGCCUCAGGCCCCCAAAGAUCAAGCGAGGUAUGUGUCUGGGAGCAGCAAGUGACAAGCACAUCCAGUGGCUCCUGGGGGCAGAUGGCGAGGUCUGGGUCUGGAUCAUGGGAGAAGGCCCUGGCGACAAGCCCUAUGAAGAGAUCUCUGAGGAGCUGAUUGCAGAGAGGGCGCGGCUGCAGGCACGGAGGGAGGCCGAGGAGCUCUGGAGACAGAAGGAGGCAGAGAUCACCGAGAGGUUUCGGGACGCGCUGGCCAAGGAGAAGGCCCGGAUCCUGGCCGAGAAGUGGAAGGGGGAGACGGAAGACCGCAAGGCCGCCAGAGCCCUGGAGGAGCGCGUCCGGGAGGAGUUCAAGAGGAAAGAGGAAGAGGAGAGGAGGCGAGGACACGAGCAGGUUCGCGUCCAGGAGGAGCAGAGGGCGAGGCACCUGUUCUGGACGCUGAAGCAGCAGGCCCAGCUGCAGGGCGCGGCGGGGGCGGAGGAGCAGCGCGCGUGGGCGGAGCAGCUGCGACGGUCCAAAGCGGCUGAUGAGGAGAGGAGCCGCCAAGCCCAGCACGCCAGGGACGAAUAUCGGCGCCACUCCCUCUGUGCCAUCCAGAAGGGCACAGUCGCUGGCCUCAGCUCUAUGUUCCGGGAGCUUGGCCAGAGCCAUGAGCAGGAGGCAAGACUCUACCACCACCUCCCUGGCCCUGGUCUGCCACCGCCCCUUGCCGUGCCUGUCAGCAGAACUUGGGAGCGCCCACUGCGUCCAGUCUCCAAAGAAGUCAUCGUCCGCUGGUUCAAGGAGGAGCAGGUGCCUCGCCGAGCUGGCUUCGAGAGAAACACUCAAUCCAUUGCCCCCUGGUUUCAUGGAAUUAUUAGCCGAGAAGAUGCAGAAGAUCUCCUGGAGAACAUGACUGAGGGGGCAUUUCUGGUCCGGGUCAGUGAGAAAAUCUGGGGUUACACCCUCUCCUACCGCCUGCAGAAGGGAUUCAAGCACUUUCUCGUGGAUGCCUCUGGGGAUUUUUACAGCUUCCUGGGAGUGGACCCCAAUCGCCAUGCAACGCUCACAGAUCUCAUUGAUUUCCACAAGGAGGAAGUUAUCACUGUGUCAGGGGGAGAGUUGCUGCAGGAACCCUGUGGACAGAGGGACAGCCCACCAGACUACCAUGUGUUGUUUGAAUGA